AUGUUGGACAUAUUCUCCAUCUUCACAAAAGGCGGGAUCGUGUUGUUCUGCUUCAACAACCUUUCAAAUGCCAACCAUACGACGCAGUUUGCUACGAUUGUAAAUAACUUCGUCAAGACCGUCUUGUUGCAAGAGCGCACGGACAAACAAGCCUUGGAGCAUCAAGGGUUACGCUUACAAUAUAAACUCGACAAUGAAUUCGAGUUGGUUUUCAUCGUUGCCUAUCAGAAGUUCCUGCAAUUAUCGUACGUGGAUAAAUUCCUGGAUGACAUCCAGCUUGAAUUCCGCGACAAGUUCUUGAACCAACUGCAAAAUCGUGCAUUGAGCGGCUUUGAUUUUCAAAAAGAAUUUCAGUUUAUCUUGAAGGAUGUCGAGGAGCGCACUAAAGAAGAAACGAAAAGCAGUCGUCCCAUGAAAUCUUACAAAGAAUCUGAGAAAGCUAAGCAGAAAGCGCCGUUGGUGAUGACCGUCAAAGCCGCGAAAGAACUCGAGCAACAGAAGAAGUUAGAGGAGGAGACCGCGAGGAAAAUCGAAGAACAGAAGAAAGAGCUUCAGCAGCAAGCGGCUGAGCCCGAAGAGGACAUGGUGGUGAAGAAUCGUAAGAAACUAUUUGCUGGCAAAGUUUCAAAAGAAAAACAACCGAAAAGUCCGAAGCAACCAGAAAAAUCGAAGAAGAGCAAGGAGAAGCGCGUCUGGGACGUUGCCUAUGGCGGCGCUAAUGCAAAUGGCGGCGGAGAAUUGGAUUAUUCCAAAGAUAUCCCGGAAGAUUUGGAAGAUCGCCGCGCGGAAAAUUACGAUCGCUCUUACGUCGGGACGAUGUCUGGUAAUCUGAAGGGCUUGGAAGUCGCUGAUUCUUCUGAUGAUGAUGAGGAUAACAUUGCGGACGAAGAAUUCGAAGAAGCCAUCAGGGAACGUCGGGCUGAACGAGAAAAUGUGAAGCAGUCCAGCAAGUCUCUUUUCUCCAUCUUCUCGGGACUCGUGGGCUCAAAAACUCUCACGCGAGCGACGAUGCAACCGCAUCUAGAGAAGCUGAAAGAACUCAUGAUGUCGAAGAACGUCGCUGCGGAUAUUUCGGAAAAGCUCUGCGAAUCCGUCGCUGUCAAGCUGGAUGGAAAAGUCCUGGGCACGUUUGAAGGGCUCGCGUCAACCAUAAAAACCACACUGAGUGACGCCUUGGUUCAAAUUCUGUCUCCCAAGCGUCGAAUUGACAUUCUGCGUGACGUUUUUGAAGCCAAACGGGCUGCUCGUCCUUACGUAAUGGCUUUCUGUGGUGUGAACGGUGUCGGGAAAAGCACCAACUUGGCCAAAAUCUGCUUUUGGCUGAUUGAAAACAACGUUCGCGUCUUGAUUGCUGCUUGCGACACAUUCCGUGCUGGAGCUGUUGAACAGCUUCGGACUCACACGAAGCAUUUGAACGCAUUGCAUCCUCCAGAGAAACACGAUGGAAGGCAGAUGGUACAACUCUAUGAAAAGGGUUACGGCAAAGAUGCUGCCGGAAUCGCCAUGGAAGCUAUUCAUUAUGCCCAGGAAGCCAGAAUCGACGUGGUUCUUGUGGACACCGCAGGAAGAAUGCAGGAUAAUGAGCCUCUCAUGCGAGCACUUGCUAAGUUGAUUGUUGUGAAUGAACCGGAUUUGGUUCUCUUUGUUGGAGAAGCUUUGGUUGGAAAUGAAGCAGUAGACCAACUGGUGAAAUUUAACCAAGCCCUUGCGGAUAAUUCUACCACCGAAAACCCUCAUUUAAUCGAUGGAAUUGUUCUUACCAAGUUUGAUACAAUUGAUGACAAGGUUGGCGCUGCAAUUUCUAUGUCUUACAUCACUGGACAACCAAUCGUGUUUGUGGGCACCGGGCAAACUUACUCUGAUUUGAGAAAUUUGGAUGCCAAAGCAGUGAUCUCCACCCUCAUGAAGUGA